AUGUCGUGGACGGAUAUUAUUAAAAACAAUUUGUUAGGCUCGGGGUUUGUGACCAAAGGUGCCAUUGUGGGAUUUGACGGCUCUGUUUGGGCAAAAAGUGACAACUUUGCUGUAAGAUGCAAGAUGCAUUAAUUUUUUUAAUAGAUAUUCGACUUUAGAUUACCACCGAAGAAGCUGUUAUUGCUGGAAAAGCUUUCGAACAAUACGUAAGUUAAUUAUUGUGUAGCAAACUUUAAAAUUAAACAAAUGUCAAAAAGAUAAAACAAAUUACGGACAUUCAUUUCAAAAUUCAGGAUGCUCUUCUUGGCACGGGACUACGCUUUGAAGGGCAGAAAUACUUAAUUCUCAACGCCGACGAAGACAGAAUCAUCGGAAAACAAGGAGCUUCGGGAUUCUUUGUUUACAAAACAGGAAAAGGUAACAUUAGACUGUAAAUUAAUCAAAACUAAUAAAAAAUGUACAGCUGUCAUCAUCGCAACCUACGAACAAGGACUUCAACCUGAAAUGUGCAGCAAAGUAGUGGGAGCUCUUGCGGAUUACUUCAAGGGCGUCGGCUAUUAA